AUGGAGGCACGUGAUACAGUGGAAGGGGAGUACCCAACCAGACCCAUGGAGUACCCAGAAUCAUCAAAAGGAAGGGCUCCUGUUGGUCUUCCUGUUAUUCGUCAGGCUCCUGUUGGUCUUCCUGUUAUUCGUCAGGCUCCUGUUGGUCUUCCUGUUAUUCGUCCAGCUCCUGUUAGCCUGCCUGUUAUUCGUCCAGCUCCUGUUAGCCUUCCUGUUAUUCGUCAGGCUCCUGUUGGUCUUCCUGUUAUUCGUCAGGCUCCUGUUGGUCUUCCUGUUAUUCGUCCAGCUCCUGUUAGCCUUCCUGUUAUUCGUCCAGCUCCUGUUAGCCUGCCUGUUAUUCGUCCAGCUCCUGUUAGCCUUCCUGUUAUUCGUCCAGCUCCUGUUAGCCUGCCUGUUAUUCGUCCAACUCCUGUUAGCCUGCCUGUUAUUCGUCCAUUUCCCGAGUAG